AUGCGCCUUUCUUUUUUCUUUCUACAUGCAGUUGACUACGCAUGCGCACUUUCGUUUGUAUAUAGCACAAGUAUAUCCCAGGUCAUUGCCUUAGCAACCAUGAUUCUUGCGUCUCUGACUAGAGCAAGUAGAAAAUCACAUCAAGGCAAAAAGUGUGGGAAUAACUGCAAAACGGUGAAUCGGUAUCUCUCUCGACUUUUUCCUCUUCCUUUCUGUCUCCGUCUCUCUUUCUCUCCGUGUCCCUGUAUUUCUCACUGUCUUUCUCUGUUGUUGUUACUUUCAGUCUAUUUAUGUUUGUCGCUAUUUUUCUCUGUCACUUUUCAAUUGGUUUAUCUAUUUCUCUUUCUGUGUCUUUCUUUCCCUCUCCAUUUGUCACGGUCUGUCUAUCUCUCUCUCUCUAAUCUCUCCCCCUGUGCGUGUCUGCAUUUCUCUCAGUUUCUCUAUAUAUCUGCUUCUAUCUCUCGGUCCUUUCAUUUUUUGACUGUCUAUUUCUGUCUGUCUCUUUUUUCUCAGGUUUUCUUUUCUUUUUCUUCUUUAGCGAUUUUUCUUCUUCUGCAUCUAUUUUUAUGUCGCCUUUUUCCUCUUGAAAAUCUUUCUUAUUUCUUCUUCUUUUCUCUCUCUCCAAUUCCUUUAUCAUCUUUCUUUUUCAAAGUCAUUUUUCUUCUUCGUUAUCCUCUUUUUCUUAUUUACGAUUUCUUUCUUCUUCUUCUGAAGCGAGUUCUUUCUUCUUCUUCUUCAGCGAUUUCUUUCUUUCUUCUUCUUCAGCGAUUUCUUUCUUUCUUCUUCUUCUUCAUCGAGUUCUUUCUUUCUUCUUCUUCUUCAGCGAUUUCUUUCUUCUUCUUCUUCAGCGAUUUCUUUCUUUCUUCUUCUUCAGCGAUUUCUUUCUUUCUUCUUCUUCAGCGAUUUCUUUCUUUCUUCUUUUUCAGCGAUUUCUUUCUUCUUCUUCUUCAGCGAUUUCUUUCUUCUACUUCUUCAGCUAGUUCUUUCUUUCUUCUUCAACGAUUUCUUCUUCUUCUGCGAGUUCUUUCUUUAUUUCUUCUUCAGCGAUUUCUUUCUUUCUUCUUCUUCUUCAGCGAUUUCUUUCUUUUUCUUUUCGAUUUCUUUCUUUCUUCUUUUUCACGAUUUUUUCUUCCUUCUUAUUUCUUUCUUCUUUCUUCCUUUUUUCUUUUAACGUCUUUUCUGCGAGUUCUUUCUUCUUCUUCCUUUUCGUUUUCUUCUUCAGCCUCUUUUUUCUCAUUUCUCUUUUGCAUUUAUCGCUCUUUUUUUUUCUUUACCGCCUUUCUUCUUCAACGUCUUUUUUCUUCUACUUCUCUAUUGCUCUCUUCUUUUUCUUCUUCAACGUCUCUUUCUUGCUUCUUCUUUACAUUUGUCUCUCGUUUUUUUCUAUGCCACUUUCCUUUUUUAACGACUUUUUCCCUGGUCGGUGCGCUGAUUUCUUGUGUCGUUAAUUUCCUCCUUUCAACCUCUUUAUUUUCUUCGAUAGUGACUGACGUUGUUGUUAGUAGUAGUAGUAGUAGUAGUGGUGGUGGUGGUUCUUCUUCUUCUUCUUCUUCUUCUUUUCCUCCUCUCCGCUUUCUUUCUUCUUUAUUCUCUCCUCUACUUCAAUCUUCUUCUCCGUCUUCUUCUUCUCCCCUCUACCCCGCUUUAUUCUUUUUAUGCUCCUUCACCGUUUUCUCCUCCUCCUUUUUUCCUCCGCUUUCUUCUUCUUCUUUGUUUUCCUUCUCUUCGCUUUCUUCUUCUUCUUUGUUUUCCUCCUCUUCUUCGUUGUUUUCUUCUUCUUCGUUUCCCUCUUUUUCUUCUUCUUUGUUUCCCUCUUCUUCUUCUUUGUUUUCUUCUUCUUCGUUUCCCUCUUCUUCUUCUUUGUUUUCUUCUUCUUCGUUUCCCUCUUCUUCUUCUUUGUUUUCUUCUUCUUCGUUUCCCUCUUCUUCUUCUUUGUUUUCUUCUUCUUCGUUUCCCCCUUCUUCUUCUUCUUUCUUUUUCUUCUUCUUCUUUGUUUUCUUUUCUUCCUUCUUCUUCUUCUUCUUUUGUUUUCUUCUUCUUCUUUGUUUUCUUCUUUUCCCUCUUCUUCUUCUUUGUUUUUCUUCUUCUUCGUUUCCCUCUUCUUCUUCUUUUUUUUCUUCUUCUUCGUUUCCCUCUUCUUCUUCUUUGUUUUUCUUCUUCUUCGUUUUCUUCUUCUUCUUUGUUUUCUUCUUCUUCGUUUCCUCUUCUUCUUCUUUGUUUUCUUCUUCUUCUUCUUCUUUGUUUUCUUCUUCUUCGUUUCCCUCUUCUUCUUCUUUGUUUUCUUCUUCUUCGUUUCCCUCUUCUUCUUCUUUGUUUUCUUCUUCUUCGUUUCCCUCUUCUUCUUCUUUGUUUUCUUCUUCUUCGUUUCCCUCUUCUUCUUCUUUGUUUUCUUCUUCUUCGUUUCCCUUCUUCUUCUUUGUUUCUUUUCUUCGUUUUCUUCUUCGUUUCCCUUCUUCUUCUUCUUCUUUGUUUUUCUUCUUCUUCGUUUCCUUCUUCUUCGUUUCUUCUUUUGUUUUCUUCUUCUUCGUUUCCCUCUUCUUCUUCUUCUUUGUUUUCUUCUUCUUCGUUUGUUUUUUCUUCUUCUUCUUCUUUUCUUCUUCUUUGUUUUUUUUCUUCUUCGUUUCCCUCUUCUUCUUCUUCUUUGUUUUCUUCUUCUUCGUUUCCUCUUCUUCUUCUUCUUUGUUUUCUUCUUCUUCGUUUCCCUCUUCUUCUUCUUCGUUUUCUUCUUCUUCGUUUCCCUCUUCUUCUUUUUUUUCUUCUUCUUCGUUUCCCUCUUCUUCUUCUUCUUUGUUUUCUUCUUCUUCGUUUCCCUCUUCUUCUUCUUCUUUGUUUUCUUCUUCUUCGUUUCCCUCUUCUUCUUCUUCGUUUUCUUCUUCUUCGUUUCCCUCUUCUUCGUUUUCUUCUUCUUCUUCGUUUCCCUCUUCUUCUCCUUCGUUUUCUUCUUCUUCGUCGUUUCCCUCUUCUUCGUUUUCUUCUUCUUCUUCUUCUUUCUUCUCCUCUUUUUCUUCUUCUUCUUCCUUCUUCUCCUCCCCCGUGAUCUUCUGUUUACCUUCGUUCUUUCUUAUCUACCGCACUUGGUCGACUGGGGACAAAGUUUGCGAUUGUACUCUGGUGUCUUUUCAAAGGCUAAAAGCAGUGUUGGGCGCCAUGUAUUUCUCAUAUCUAUCUAUUUCUCUAUCUAAGUCUUAUUACUCCCCAUCUAUCUAUUUCUUUCUGCCCAUAUCAAUCUUGCAGUCUGUUCAUAUCUAUCUAUAA